AUGAAGCCCGCACGGACCGACGGAUCCUUCGUGUCGGUCAUUGUCCGAACCAGGCCACCCUUAGCUCCCGAAGCUCCGUAUGGGCACUGUGCCCGGACCGAGGGGAGGAAGGUGCUGCUCACUACAACUGCUGACGCGGGGCCUUCUCACCGUAAGAACCGGCAGCCACAACGCACCCGGACGGUGGAGUGCCAGUAUGACAAAGUGCUCGGCAUGCAGACGGACCAAGAGGAGGUGUGGGCUUCCGUGCAGCCUACUGUGGAGAAGGCCUUUGAAGGCUACAACGUGACGCUCUUUACCUAUGGCAUGACGGGCAGUGGCAAGACCCACACAAUGCUUGGGCCUGCUUUGAUGGAGUCUGCCUUCGAAGGUCACCGAAGUCCCACCACAGAAGGCCUGAAAUCCUCGCAGCAACGGGGCCUCGUUCCGAGGGUCAUGCAGCACGUCUUCGAGCGGCUGCCAGAAGCAGAGGUGACCCUGAGCUACCUGCAAAUCUAUCAGGAGCGGUGUUACGACCUCCUUCAGCCCGCGAACCUGGCCAAGCCUUUGCGCAUUCGGGAGGAAACCUUGAAAGGCAAACCCUCGCUUCAAUCUGCACCAGUCUAUGUGGAGGGAUUGACGGAGGUGGCCGUAGUGAACUUGGAGGACUGUUUGUGUCAGCUGAUCUCUGGCUUUUCCAACGUGGCUUUUCGGGCCACGAAUUUCAACGAGCAGUCUUCUCGAGCCCACUGCGUGCUCACCUUGACUAUCCGCCAGCGCGUGACGGUGAACCGAAAAGCCGUCAUCCGGGAAUCCAAGGUCCGGUUGGUGGACCUAGCCGGGAAUGAGCGCUGGGUCACUGCAGGGCCAUGCCCGUCCCCGCAGCAUGCGCGAGAGCUUGCAACCAUCAACAAGAGCCUCCACACGCUGGGAAAUUGCAUGCAGGUCCUGUCCCAGCCAAGCACAGUGAAACGGGAGACACGCCACGUCCCGUACCGCAAUUCGACGCUGACGCUGCUUCUCCGCGACAGCUUGUCCGGAAACAGCUACACGUUGAUGGUGUGCACGAUCUGCUGCUCCCUGCUCUACCAGAUGCAGACCCUCUGCACUCUCCGUUUUGCCGACCGAGUGAAGCGCGUUCAGAUGAAGGCCCACGUGUGUGACGUGCCAGACGUGAAGGAGGCUCAAUCCCAGAUGCAGGCAGAGAUGGAGUAUCUCCGAGCCGUUGUGACUACCGGUGCCAACGGCCGGGCUCUUGAUGAGCUCCAGUCUCGGAUCUCGCAACUGCAGCAGGCGUGUAGCGGCCUGGAGGGGGAGAACCGCUUUUUGCGAGAGCAGAUCGCCGAAUUGGAGAAGCACAGUCUCGAGAAGUCCAGCGUGGCUCCAACAGGCACCGGAAAAGCAAGCGGGAAAACCACGCGAGUCCUACGGCGCGUCUGCAGCGAGCCAAGCCUUCCAGGACCAGACCCUUGGUUCCAGCUCGAGGACGACGUUCAGGACAUGCAUACCGUUUGCCACCGGAGCCAUUCGAACAUGGGCAGGCUACGACCUUCCGGGACAUGCCCCAAUGGCCACGAGCUGGUUGACUUGGGCAGCGGACAUAGCCCGACGCCCGCAGCUGAGCAGGUCGAGUACAUCGAAUGGCACUGUGAUGCCGGGGGUUGCUAUGGGAGCUCUCGUACUCCGGAUCUUGGGCGCUUUCACUGCAGUCUCUGCCAGCACGACUUGUGCCAGAACUGCUACGACCAGCUGGUGGGCAAGCCUGGCCAGUCACAGCGGAUACGCCGAACAUCCUUCGUGGUGCCCAGUAAAGCAGGGGAUCCGAGCGCUCCAGUGAGGGGCACGAGUCGACCCCUCCAUGCCUGGGCAGACGACAAGGUGCCCGCAAAGAGGGGCCCCGAAGUGCAGGCACAGACGGGUGAAGCCCAGCCGGCCCAGCCGGCUCAGCCUCGACGUGGGGAGCAGUGGGCGCCCCACAGAAAGCCGCCGUCACUGGAGCGAUUGGAGGAAACCUCGAGAGCUGCACCCCGGAAAUUGCCGCGAGGACGCAGUCCCCGAAAGCCUCCCAGUGUGUUUCAUACACCCCGUGGCCCGAUUGAAACCUCCAAUACAUCCUUUGCUUCCGCCUCCACUGCCUCCACGACACCGGAAACUUUCCGGAAGAGGAUGCAGGCAGUGCAGGCAGAGCAGAGGAAGACCUACGCCCCGGUCCGGGGCAAGCGGGCCAGCUCCUCACUGCCCCCGCUUUCUGCACCUCCUAGUCAUCCCAUGGAGGUCACGAAGCCAAAGGAUGCAGCUGAGCAGAAAUCUGUUGUGCUCCCUUCUGUAGACCGAGAAGAGGGCACAUCCUUGAGCUACGCUUCCGUCAAGGCGCAUGGAAGCCCGAGAUUACUGGGACGAGGCCAGUCACAGCCCCCCAGCAAGCCUUCACCCUCAAGCUAUGUGGAGCAUGAGGAGCCUCCGAAGCCUGUGCGGCGUCCCAUGCCCGCAGCGAUGGCAGCAGCGGCAGUGAGCCUCGUGCCCGAGGGGGGAGACAUGAGGGCUUUGUUGGGAGACUUGGAUGCAAAGCAUGCAGAGUCUGGGGUGAGCCUGCAAAAGCAAAUCUUCGCUUUGUUCUGCCCGUGCAGGUUGCACGCGAGGUGGAAGCGCCAGACAGAGCAAGUGCGGCGGCAGAAGACUGGCGAGGUGACCAGGCAAUAUCAGCAGCAUGAGGUCACGGUGCAGACCUUGCACCAGCGCAUCGACAAGUUGCAGAGGGAGAUCAUCCAGUGCGACAGAUGCGCCAAAUCCUGGGAGGAGGAGAAGUCGCGAAGGAAAAACGCCGCUCCAACAUCGCCAACUGCUCUCCCGGGGCUUGUCAUCUUUCAGAGACCACUUCCCAGCAACCACGAUAGAAGGAAGGCCCUUCUCAUCGGAGUGAACUAUUUGAACUCCCACGCUCCGCUGAAGGGCUGCGUCAACGACGUGUGGAACAUGCAGUGCUUGCUGCGGUACACCCUUCGGUAUGCUCCCGAGCAGCUGCAGCUGCUGGCUGAUGGCGCCGAUGGGAGAGUCAGGCCAGACAAAGCCCCGACGAAGGCCAACAUCCUUGCCGGACUUCAGUGGCUAGUUGCGGACGCCCGACCCGGGGACCACCUGCUUCUAGUCUUCUGCGGUUAUGGCGCCCAGCAUCCACGCACAGCGGGCUCUGACAAGUUCGAGAGCUACUUGGUUCCCUCGGACUUUGCUGCGGAUUUGCCGAGCAAUUUCUUCGAGGUGGUAGCUGCAGCCCCCGGUCCGGCGCCAGCAAAUGUCAUCGACCAAACUGCCAAGAUGGCGGUCGGCGCUGCGCCAGGUGGCCCAGAGGAGCUCCAAAGGCAGACGGCCGCUGCACAGAAGGCGCUGGGAAACUCCAAAGCCAGCUACCGGCUGAUCUCCAUGCUGGAGGUGCACGACUUCCUGAGCCAGCUGCCGAAGAGGUGCCGGGUGUCUCUGGUCUUAGAUGCCUGCUACGCCAUACUCCCCGGCGCAGGCCCAGAGAGUAACUCUCCGGCCACUUUCCGGAAGGUGGACCGGGGCCGGGUUGAGUACGACAAGCUCCGCGACUUCAUGAGUCGCCCGCGCUUUCUCGAGCUGCCACCCAUACCGGUGCAGCACACGCCAGCGCACCUGCCCCGAAGCAACACCUUCUUGCCCUGCACGCUCCAUUGCUUCUCCGGCUGCAGGCUCAAGGAGUGGUGUGCUGAGUUCCCGAUUGAGGGGACCGUGCAGGGGGCCUUCAGCUGGGCAUUCUUGAAAGCUCUGGCACAGGGCCACUUCCACAUCGGCGUGUACCAGUUCCAGCAACUGGUGAGCAAUAUCUUGCUGAACCUGAAGGGCUACUUUCGGCAUAUCGACCAGCAGCCUGUUCUCCAGCUCUCGGCUGCUGCUAGCCCCCAGGAUGUGGUGUUGUGGACAUAG